GAUCCUGUGCAGCAAGUGCCAUCGAGCCAUUCACGAAUCUCAAAGGCUUCCCCGCUAUAUCCGAUCAAGUCGCCAUCGUACCGGGGUGAACCGGCGCAAUCGUCAACCGGGUUUAAACCGUUCUCCUCCUCGUCCUCUUCGUUCGCCGCCGUCUCCUCGCCCGAGAUGGGCGUCGGCGGUAACUUCUGGGACCUGUUGAAGCCCUACGCUCACAACGAAGGGGUCGACUUCCUCCGGGACAAGCGCGUCGCCGUCGACCUCUCCUUCUGGCUCGUCCAGCACGAGGCCGCCAUCCGAAGCAGGAGCCCCCGCGCUCGGAACCCUCACCUCCGCACCACCUUCUUCCGCACCGUCGCCCUCUUCUCCAAGAUGGGGGCGUAUCCGGUGUUCGUGGUGGACGGAACGCCGUCGCCGUUGAAGGCGCAGGCGAGGAUCGAGCGCUUCUUUCGGAUGUCGGGGUUGGACCCCACGGCGCUGCCGAAGCCCGUGGAGGACGAGGAGGGGGAGGCAAGUCCAGUGAAGCAGCGGAAUCAGGCCUUCACCAGAUGUGUGCGGGAGUGCAUGGAGCUCCUCAGACUUCUAGGAAUGCCUGUUUUAGAAGCUCGUUCAGAAGCUGAAGGUCUCUGUGCACAACUAAAUAGUGAAGGUCAUGUGGAUGCUUGUAUCACUGCCGACAGCGAUGCCUUUCUUUUUGGAGCCACAUGCGUCAUAAAGAGACUAAGAUCUAACUCUAAAGAACCAUUUGAAUGCUACAAUGUAUCAGAUAUUGAAGCAGGCCUGGGUUUGGGAAGAAAACAGCUGAUAGCCAUUGCUCUUUUGGUUGGCAGCGAUCAUAAUUUACAUGGGGUCCCUGGUUUUGGGGUUGAUACUGCUGUUCGCUUCGUCCGGUUAUUUAAUGAGGAUGAGAUUUUGAAUAGGUUAUUGGAGAUAGGCAAGGGGGACAUAGACCUAGUAAAUGGAAUUACGAAGUCACCCAGGUCAAGUGUGGGUUCUGGAAAUGUAAGAUCCCCACACUGCUCAAACUGUGGUCAUCCAGGCAGCAAAAGUGCUCACCUCAAAAUUGUUUGUGAGUACUGUGUUACUAAUGGUUCUCGGAACUGCAUGAAAAAGUCUUCUGGUUUCAAAUGCACAUGCUCCAGCUGUGCUGAGGAGCGCAAGUUCAAGGAGCAUCAAAGACGUGAAAAUUGGCAAAUCAAGAUGUGCAAGAUCAUUUCUGCUGAGCCGAAGUUUCCGAACAAUGAGAUCAUUGCAUUAUUUUUAGCUAACAACCAUGGGUAUUACAGCGAAAAGGAUGGCCCUUCGCUUAGCUGGGAUAAGCCUAAAGUUGAGGAUCUGAUUGACUUCCUAACUUAUCACCAGCACUGGGAGCCAUCUUAUAUUCGGCAGAGGAUGAUUCCCAUGUUGUCUACUGUGUACUUGAGAGAAAUGGCCUCAACUCAGAAUGAGAGCUCACUGCUAAAUGACCAAUAUAAGUUUCACUCCAUUCUGCGGGUGAAGAUAAGUCAUGGUCAUCCUUACUACUUGGUCAAAUGGAAGAGAGCUGCCAUCAAUACUGUCGUUCAUAGUGUCUCCACUGAGCAAACUGAAGUCGACCAGACCCAAUUAUCGGGAUCCAUUGAGUCAACAGAUCCAUUAGAUGAGCCAGAUGUCCCAACAAUUCUUGUGGAUAAUGGAUGCUGGUUUCUCUUGACCGAUGAAAACAUAAAUCUUGUACAAGCUGCAUUUCCCAAAGAGGUCAACAACUUCAUGGAAGAAAAGGGGUCAGAAGAAUUUAGAUCAAAACAGAGCAAAUAUAUGUACAAAGCUGGUAUGUCUGACAAAUUGGCACCUUCUAAAUCCACUGGCGUCCAGCUUAGCAUCACCGAGUUUUACCGUUCAGAAAAAGUAUUGGCUCAACCUGCAUUGGGUGAUGACUCAGAGAAGAAAUCAGGCAAAGGCAAGUCACCAGGAGAUCAUAGAAGGAAGUCAGAUGAUGUGGAUAAGAACUUACCCAAAUCUGUUCGGAGACGCCUCUUGUUCAACUAGCUUGUGUCCGUUCUCUUCUUAGUUUAGAUUUUGCUUUCGUGUCUGUAUAGCUAUUUUGCUCGUUCUGCGCUUUCAUGUAUAUUAUGAAGAAAUGAUGUUAAAUGUGGCAGCCUCUUCUUUCGCCCAACCCAUUUUGAGAAUUAGUGAUCGAAGUAUAUGAUACAAAGCCUGACCAAUUAAGUU